AUUAUAAACUCUUCCUCCUAAAAUCUUAAAAACCCUCCUUUUUCCCUCUCCCUCCCCCUCUCUCUCUCUUCUCUCUCCAGCGGCGCCCUACCGCCACCCCUCUCCCUCAGACCCUUACUCCCUAGCCCGACGCCGGAGCCUAGCCCGACGCCGGAGCCCAUUCCGACGCCGGUUCCUCUAUCCGGUACUCCAUCUCUCUCUCUCUCCAGCCCGACGCCGGUUCCUCUCUCCGGUGCUCCAUCUCUCUCUUCUCACCGGCGGCGAAAAAGAAAAAUCUGGUUUGGUCGAGAUGUAAAGUUUUGGACUUUGGAGAAUUCGACGCAGACCAAAAGCUUCGCAGAAAAAUGAGACCCAACGUUUUCACAGAGAUUCACAAGGUUAGCCGGUUCAUCGAGACAGUCAUUGCAACAACAUGUCAUUAUAGAAAGUUAUUGGCAAACAACAGCCUCAGAAGAGACUCCAUACUUCAGUCAGAACGUUCUUCCAUGGUUAAAUUUGUAAGAUGGUCACCUCCAACAAUGAAGCAAAAAUUUAAAAUUAACACACAUGCAAGUCUUUCAGAACAAUACAUUUUCUUGGGAUAUGUUCUCUUUGACCAUCGUGGGAUACAUCUUUUACGGCGUGCAAAAGCUAUAAAAAUUGAAAAUGAAAAACCCAAUAUAGUGGAGGCUGAGGCAAGAGUAUUAGAAUUAGCUUUAUUUGACUUACAAGAAAGAGGAUGGCUACCCAUUGUGGUUCAACUUGGUUGUGCCGUAUUGUCUGAAAAGCUUGUAGGUCCAUCAUACAGUACAAUAACUUCAAAGGAAUUAUGGAACAUUAUUGAACAUUGUAAGCAAAUCAUUGACGAGAAAAGUAUCCAAGUCUAUUGGACACAUCGACGGGCUAAUGUAUUUUCCAACUCUUUGAUGGAAUCUGUGAGAAUGUACAAAAAUGAUAUUUGUGCCACAGAAUUAGAUCCUAGGCUAUGUCGCUUUACUUGGGACCAAAUGUUUGGGCCCUUUAAGCCUUAUUUAUCUAAAACAACUAACACUUGCCAAGAGCGUUUGAAGUAUCUUUUAUCAGAUGAAGAUGGAUUCGCACAAAACAUCCUGAGUUGGAUUUAUAUGGCACUGAAUAGGGAGAAAAUUCCAAGAGAAAUCAUAUUUGAGAUUUCUACAACGAAGGGAGUGCAAUUAGUAGAAAGAUACUUGAUGUCAAUAACUCCUGCAAACAACAAAAGCUCAUAUCCUACUCAAGAUCAAGUCAUACAUAUGUUAAUUGAUAUUUUGGAGCAUUUGAAACCUAUUCCAAUCCCCAGGACUAUCGUUAUGUACUUGCAGUUUGAAGACAAGAUCAAGUUACUACCAAAUGAUUUGUUCGAAUCAUGUUCAUCAGAAGAUUUGACGAUUAAGUCUCAUCCUCCACAUUUUUUUUAUCAUCUAGGCGCAAUACGGUUUGAAAGUCUUGUUGUAACACUACGGGUUUUGAGCUAUUAUGCUCCAGGUCUUUGCAUUCGUCGACUUAAGUUUGGACCCCGUAAAAAUUAUUCAGGGAAGGAUAUAAGGAGCACCAUUAUGGGAUGGCUUCAAUUGCGAACAAUUGACUACUUUCAAAUUAUAGAUAUCCUUAAUGAAGUUAAUUGCAAAUGUUUGGAGGACAUAGAAGUAACAUUAAAGGAGCUUGUGGAAAAAGGAAUACUCGUCGAGAAGAAACCCGAUCUUUACAUGAUACAACGAGAGCAUGUGCCCCAACCAAUUCAUAAUGAUUUCAUUGUCGAAGACUUGAAGGAUGAAUAUAAAAAAGAUGAUGAAAUUAUUCUUUAUAAUUACAAGGUUGUGAAAGGAAUUGAUUUCUAAGGGUCAUACACUGUUUGUGUUACUAAGUUUGGCAAAUGAUUUAUAGGGGUCUAAAAGAAUCUACUAUUCUGCAAUACUAAACAAAUGAAGGUUGCCUUGGUUUUUCAAUGUAAACAGAAGGCGAAAGCGUUGAUUUUAUUGCGUUUAAGAACAAUUAAUUAUAUCCUCGUUUGCUGUACUUGUGACAAGUUAUUUAGGAUUUUCAUUGAUGAGACCGAGUACUUUACUUUU